CUUCAAAAAUUUGCACCAACAUUUCCAUUGCCAUUUCGUUCGAAGACUUGAACUCGAAAACAACUUGAUAAAAAGAAGUUUUGCAUUCGUUAAAAAAAGAUGACAGCGACAACUUUUAAGGCACCAUCCGUCCUUUCUGUCGUCAUUGCAAUGACCGUUUUAGUUUAUGGCAAUGUUGCCGAUGCCUUCCUCCCAACGUCCUCAUCAAAUCCUUUGGCACCACAACCACCACCACCACCUUCAUCAUCAUCACCACCUCCAAGUAGCCCUUCACCACCACCUUCAUUAUCAUCAACACCACCACCCCCUAAAUCACCAUCACCAACUAGAUCUUCCCCACCUCCCUCAUCAUCACCACCACCACCACCUAAAUCAUCACGAUCACCAUCACCAUCACCAAGUAGAUCUUCCCCACCACCUUCAUCAUUACCACCACCACCGCCACCUAAAUCAUCAUCACCACCACCAAGUAGAUCUUUACCACCACCUAGUAAAUCCUCAACACCGAUACCACCUAAAUCUUCCCAAACAAAGCCCUCAGGAACAGCACAAACAAGUCAAACGACACGUGCAACAUCUGCAGAUAUAAGAUCAACGUCUACAUCAAGCAGCCCAGGAUCAUCAGUCGUGCAUGGAACCUGGGCCCAGUGGGGUGAAUGGAAAUGCUCUGUUGGCUGUGGAAAUGGUACUAGGACGCGAACUCGAACCUGUACCAACCCAGCACCCUCUGGAGGAGAACUUAAUUGCGCAGGAGAUUCAACAGAGAAAGGAGGGGGCUGCUCCAACAAGCCUUGUGCAGAAACGAAAGUAAAUGUUGCUGUUACUAUUAAAUCAUUGGAAUGGAAUGACAAGCUGACGAACACUACUAGCGCCGAGUUUAUCGAUGCUAAGGCAAACAUUGAGUAUUGGGGACGCGAAAAGUUCAGUAAAUACAAGAACUACAGAGGAAUAGAAAAUAUCAGGUUUAAGAUCGGUAGUGUCAUUGCAGACUUUGAUGUGGUAUUCGAGGCAUCAGUUGCUAAUUCUUUUCCUGAAAUGUCUAAUUUCGAAGAUGCUAUUAAGAUUGCAGUGAAUAGUGGAAGUAUCGGCAACCUGACUGUCGAUCCAUCUAGCCUUAAAACAGCAGAAAGAGUAGAAGGUGUGCGUUUGGGCAAUUGGACUACGGAUCGUUCGUUGUGCGCAGACAGUUGUUGCGAUUCCAUGCCAAGUACCGUUUACCAAAACCGUACUUGCGUGCCCACAACAUCCCCGUGCUGGGGUAUCAAGCUUGCUUACAAGAUUGCAUGUGAGAAAAGUGGGUGUAGCAUAGAUGAUUGUAACAGUGGUGUUACAGUCCAAAUCUCCGCCAUCACCAUGGUACUUUGUGUACUGGCAUCACUAAGGUUCUUUCAGUGAAUGAAUAUCGAAUGACGGGCACCCACUCAGCGAUCUUUUCCCGGUCAAGAGCUAUUUAUUUAUUAGAGCUUAAUUUGGGCGUAGUGUUUUUGCAUCGAAAUUAUCUUUGGAAUAAGACUGUAGGAUGGGAGAAUCUAUGGGAAAGCAGUUCAGUUCUCAAGGGAAAAAAAUUUGAUCAAAAAAAAUGCACAUAAACGGAAAUGAGAAAACAUUACGCCCAACGAAUAACAAGUGGUCUAGUUACCAGAUAGUUAAUAAGAUAUGCAAAUAGUGUGUGGUAACACUAUCACCCGAAACCUUUUUAAUAAAUUUUUCAGCGGCUAAAAAAUCGAUUGUGCACGUAUUUAGCUCUCGGUUCAACGGAUCCACUCGCUAAUUGUUUUCAGCUUUAAAAGCUGAGGCAGACUUUUGAAUGACUCUAGCAUUAGAUUUAUCAAUAUAUUGCGAGAAUGUGUGAAUGUAUUUGCUCUUAACAUAUUCAGCCGAAAUUCAACCUGUAAAGGCCCGUUAAGGGGUUGUCACGCAACCUAUCGCUUAAAUCUACGUGACGACCCCAAAAACAUCUGCGUUAUAGUCUAGGUAUAUAAGUCUGUUUAUGUUUGGAACUAAAAGCCACUCCCAAAGAGACAUACUGGGCUGGAUCCAGCAUGCACAAUUCUCUACUUUUCCAUAGCCCAUAAUGCAUUGCUUUUUGGGGGGCAACCCGGUCAAAAAAAUUUCUUUAAUGGAAUAAAAGUUAUGACUGAUUUUAUCUGUAAAAUACUUGUUAUCAGUUCAUUCCAAGUUAAUUUUUAAUUUUUCAGAAAAUCAAUAUGUUUGGUGUCACAGAAAAUGACGAAAAUAUAUUAGCUUAGAAAGAAAUUUAAAAAUGUAUUUGAAAUUUCUUCGAGAUUCUAUCUCUUUCUAUUUCGAAUUGUUUCGUUGGAUUUUUCGAUUAUGAAUGAUCGAGGUGUUUUCGACAUUUUCUAAACAGAUUCUAGCGCAAUAAAUGCGGUUUUUAGCACUUUAGCACACGUUUUAGAGAAUAAGUACUUUAUUUAAAAACAGUAUAAAAAUCUAAGAUAACAAUUCAAUCACAUUCGUAUGGAUAAGCAGCUCCUCUUCAUUAGGAGGGUCAAGUAACUGGGGGCCAUCCAAUAAGAUUAGGAUUAUUUGAAUGCUUACUUUCGCUAGCUAUACUAGGCUACCUUAGUUAAUCUUAUUAUUCUUAAUGAACUCUGCACUGUUCUGACAAUCAGUGUGUCGUUCAAUGAAUAAAAAUUGUGUCUAAAUAAGAUCAGAAAUGAUGCCUGGCAGGCAAAAGAAACAGCCUUGCAGCACGUCUAAAUGCAGCUCAAAUUGGAGGACAUAACAAUAGGUUUUCAAUUCUCAGGAGAUUAUAAUUCUUUUAUUUUGUCUUCCAAAUUGAGCUCCUUGACGUCACAUGCAAGGGGUCUAUUUAGCUUGAAAGUAACAGCUAUGUGCCCAAGGAGCAAGGAGUUGUAAAGGCACUUUACGAAAUAAAAACACAUUAAAUUAA